ACAAUAAGAUAUCCGUGUUCUCGGUAAAGGUAGCUCUAGCGACAUUAUGCGCGGGAAAACUCAUGGAUAAAUUUCGAUAUAUCUACUCGCAAAUAUCUGAUAGCAAUGGACAUAUGAUACAUUGGAGGUUUGCCGAUUAUCUGAAGGAGGUCUUAGCUUUAACCGCGGCGGUCUACGAGUCUCCGUCAUUCGGAUAUUCCGACGGUCUUGCUAACUCCAUUUUUCCUACGAACUCGAAAGUCACUGUGAACGACUUCUUGGAUACGCUCAUGUCAGAUCCUGGACCACACUGUUUAAUCUGGUUGCCAUUGUAUCACAGAAUGGCGGCCGUGGAAACAGUUGCCCAUCCUAUUAUAUGCGACGCGUGUCACAAGGAGAAUUUCACCGGGUUCCGAUAUAGGUGUCAGAAGUGUCAUUCGUAUCAACUGUGUCAAGACUGCUUUUGGCGCGGUAAAGUUUCAGGAACGCACAAUAACGAUCACGAAACGAGAGAAUAUAGCAGCUUCAAAUCACCAAGCAAACAGAUUGGCCAUUCUCUGCGAAAGAGCUUUAGAUGCGUUCCCGAAAAAGGAAAGAACAGUCUACCACGGUUCCCAGAACAACCUGAAAAAACGUUAGAUUUGUCACACAUAGUCCCACCGUCACCUUUACCAUCUCACAACGGUUUUCCAGAUCCAGGAUUUAUGGCUCCCUUUGAUUCAGGAUCGGUGGAUAGUCGCUCGACUCUGAGGAGGUUGGCACAAGAAGCUAGGACCAUGCCUCGUACCGCAUCCAGAAUGUCCCAGGCAGAUCAGACAGGUCGAGCACCGUCGGACGUAAAUCUGACAUCGUUGGAUGCGUCGCGGGCGCAGCGUGAACUUAUAUCGCAGUUAGAGGCGAAAAACAAGGAGAUAAUGCGCGAGAUAGCAAGGUUAAGAAGGCAACAGGAGAUAGAAGCCGCGGGUUUAGAAAAUCCGGCAUUAAUGUCGGAAUUGCGAGCUUUGAGGCAGAGGAAGGACGAACUGGAGACGCAUCUGGCGACGUUACAAGAUUCUAGGAGGCAACUGAUGGUACAGCUGGAGGGUUUAAUGAAAAUGCUGAAGAAUCAUCAAGCGUCGCCACGAUCAACACCGAACAGUUCACCGCGAAGUACAAAGUCGCCACCUUUGCCACCUGGUGCUCUACCGAGCAGUAGAUCGGCACCGCCAACUCCCGGUGGACCUUUGUCCACGACACCUCAACAACAGCAGCAGCAGCAGCAACAACAACAACAACAACAAAUGCCGCAACAAAUGUCUCAGAGCUAUCAAAAUCCCGUCCCAACAACAACAACAACAACAACAACAACAGUGGCUAACGCGCAAGGCAACGCUAUGCUCGGCACGAUACAGAAUCCCAUUCCAGAUAGCUUGUCGUGCGUUGGCGGCGAUGUAAGGUCUGCGUUCAGGACAAACAGCUUACCGGGAAGCGGUUCCAGCAGCGCGAAUAAUAGUUUGGGCCGAUCCCUAAGAAACGACUUACUGGUAGCUGCCGACAGCGUUACUAAUGCUAUGUCAACACUCGUGAGGGAAUUAAAUUCAGGUAUGUUAAAUAAUAAUGUGCUACAAAAACGAUUAGUAUCGAUAAUAAUGAUUCAUCAAUUGGACGUAGAUACGUGAGAGAAUUCGAUCUAAAGACAAGAGAUAUAUCUCAAAUACAAAAUGAAGAGGAAAGUAUACUCUUAGAUAUAAUGAAAGAUGUCUUUGGAUUUUCUAAAAGUGUUCCAUUAAAACUAACACCAAUAAAAAUUUUGUCUGACAAAUCUACGUCUAAUUGUACUUAUACAUAGUUUUAAAUAGUAUAAUUACAUGAUACCGCUCAGCCUACCACUUUCCGUUAUAGUAUGUUAAAUUCAUUACAUAGUAUAUGCGAUAUGCGUUAAUCUCGCAGAAUAUUAUUAUCUCACGAUAAAAUCGAAGGUAAUCAUUAAGAGGCGAUAGAAGCCUUGCCGUGAUUUGUACAGAUCGAUUCGACAUUGCAAGUUUUUAGCUGUAUAAAGUAUAAAGUGUUAGCAUCUAUCGCCGUGUUUUAGCUGAUGGCAUGUUAGAAAUACGAUACGGAAGCUAACAAUUUCGUUAGCGGAGCUACAUAAAAUGUCAAAUUCGAUUGUCCCGAGAGCGAGGUGAGCGAUAGAUAAACUGAUCUGCAUUCACCGUGCGUAGCAUCUUUUUCUACAACAAAGAUUCGUCUACUAAUAUAUUACAUUGUUUACUAUUAUUAUUGCUAUUAUUUUGCUCCUGCUAUUUUUAUUGUUAUUAUUAUUCUCACUACUACCAUCUGACCACUGACAAAUGUGUAUGCCAAUUAAUGUUUGUUUCAUGCCAUUUUUAUACAAGAAAGAUAUUUUUUCUUCAAUAGCCUAGACGUUCAAAACAUGCAAAAUGAUAAAGCAAACAGCUUCAAAUCCUUUCAAGCUGGUAUGCUAAUCUUUCACACAUAUACCACAUCACAUUUUAUUCGUCUUUAAUUCGAUUCCAAAGAAAAACGAUACGACACGCAGAAUUUUAUCUUUCAACCACUUUGCCACUAACAUUUAUCUUUGAAAUAUUCUCAGUCAUCGCAUUAGAGCUGAAUGUACAGGCAUGCCACGUCGCAUUUAUAUUCUGUCAUAAAGGAUCAUCAAAGGAUCAUAUAGCAUGAAAGAUGCUACUUUUCAUUCGUUCCUAAAUCGAUAUUCGUAGAUCUGUGAGUCACUUAAGCACAGAUGCUAUUUAUACAUAAAAUAUUUCAUUGGAUAUAUUUGAAUUUCGAACUUGAACGCACCUUUAAUGUAUAUAUUAUAUAUGUUUAUAUAUUCUGAAAAAUCGCGUAAGUAUAACAUUCAUUGCAGGAAGACAAAUAAUAAAUCUCAUCAUUUGUUGUCAAAUGUCGAGAUAAAUGACUUUCGCGUCUAGUUUCACGAUAUUCUGCAUAUUAUGUACAAUUUUCACAAAUUUUUAAUAAUACAAUAAUUAUAUGAGAAAACUUAAAAAUACAAAUCUUUCGUUUCAGAAGAUGCAAAUACAGAAGUGUACAUAUGGGCCGAUUAAAAUUAUCUACAUUUUCUUCCUGCAGUUAUGUUCAUUUUGAAAUACAGAAUGUUUCUUCUUUUUGGAUUGGAAAACAUUCCAAAAGAUAGGACUUCCUUUUCUAUUUGCAUAUUUAAAUCCCAAUUUUAAUCGUCUUUUCGUCAAUACCAUUAUUUUUUCUCAAGUUUUUAAUCACAUUGCGAGUUGUCUUAAUUUAGAUUCUAAAAUUUAAUGAUCGAGAGAAAGUGCAAUAGUCUUGGGAUACUGUAUAAUCUUCUCUAUACAAUGUUUAUUUUGUAAAACGUUCGACGAAACUUAGCCAUAUUUUACUAAAAAAGAAAAAACAUAACGAGAAAAUGAUACAUAACGAGAAAAUAGUGUUUUCCAUGAAUGAAUACAAAUUAUACGAACUUUCCUCAUUUCUUCUAUUAAUUAUAAAUUCUAAAAUUAAUUCGAACGAGUGGAAAAUAGUCUACGUUUGCCUAUUGCCAUUUCUAGUCGAUUCUAUUAUUUUCUUUCUAGAAGAGUUAGUUAACAUUGUAGCCUAGUGAAAUAGCACAUGGACUACACUACACGCAAGAUCACAAAUGACAGCAACAAUAAUCUAAUCUGCAAUUUCGAGAAAUCCUGAAAAUUCUGGAAUCGAUUGCUUAUUUUGCAAAAAAAAAA